ACUUUCUCUCUCGGUGGCUGCCGCCGCGGCCGGCGCCGGGUGCAGGCAGUCGGGCUGGGACGGGGACUGUGGUCGGACUAGCCAGGCUGGGCCGGUGACGGUGUCUGGAACGCUGUGGGGUGUCCACUGACUCCUCCCAGUACCGCAGGGGUGUGUGCUGCCCCCCGCCAGUGGAGCAGGACAGCAGGAAGGAGAGGACGGCGUCACAACGGUGGUGACUGGUCGGAGAAGAUGUACUUUGGAGCACUCACGGCGAGAUAUUGGACUCGUUUUAUGUCCAUCGGUAUCUUCCAAUGAAGACUUACAAUCUAGUGUAGAUUAAAUGAAAAAGAUAUCGCUAAUAAAGACCAACAACUUAGUGUGAGUUACGUCAAUGAAGUGGACUAAUCUUUCAGCGCAUCGAAGACGAAAACAUUACCAAAAUUACAUUUUCUACUACAAUAGUUGAAGAACAUCUAUCUGGAAAGGGCUGGCCGAUGCGUGCCUCGGCGACACGUCAGCGGCGGUGGCGGAGCGGCGGUUGGGCGGGGGCGGCUCUGCUGCUGGUCUGUCUGGCCGCCCCCGCCCCCGCCCAGGCCGGCUCCGUCAUCGCGCCGCCCUGGGUGGACGCCGCCCUGAACCCCUGCUCCUCAGAGAGCUGGCAGCUGGUGCGGUGGCCGGCCGACGGCCGCUGCUACCCCAUCUUCCAGCAGGGGCCGUGUCCGGCCAGCCAGGAGCUGGUGUGGGACUCUGACGCCGGCCGGGCCGCAUGCCGCUGUCCUGACGGCUUCCUGCUGCACGGGCCCACCCAGCGGUGCUACCGGCGCCACACGCGCGGACCGUGCCCGCUGCGUCACUCGCUGCAGGUGGACGCGGCCAGUGGAGAGGCACGCUGCCGCCGCCACGGCAAGUGUCCCCCGGGAGAGUUGUUCUGGCCACCGGACGGCCAGUGCUACCGCUACCUGAGCCGCGGCCCGUGCGGCAAGGGCGAGCUACUGACGGUCAGCCACGCCACGCUGGAACCUCAGUGCGGCUGCAGCCGGAGACUGAUGGCACGCAGCUACUGGCCGCAUACAGACUCGUGCUAUCAACAAUACACCCGCGGCCCCUGUCCGCGUGGACUCGUGUUUGCAUUCAACGCCACCCGUCGACGCACGGAGUGUCACUGCCACGCCGGUCUCACGCGCAACUUUGACCCCAGCUCGGGGCAGUGUUUUGCGUUGGGCGAGCGCGGCCCCUGCCCGGUGGGGAACGAGUUCGUGUUCAAUAACGUGACUGCCCGGCCCGAGUGUCGAUGUCCGGACGACAGUCUGGUGCUGGCGGACAGCGGCGCCUGCUACCGAGCCUUCUCGCAGGGCCCGUGCGGCGACGGGCGGUUCGUGGCCCCGCGACCCGAGGCGCCGCACCAGGGAGUCUGUGUGCGCAACCCGUGCCGUCCCGGAGAGCUUUACUUUCCGUCUGACAAGUUUUGUCACCGGAUCGGUGGACAGGGCCCGUGCCCGCUAGGACAGCUCGUGCACUACGAACAGUUCCGUGGCAUCAGCUACCGCGGUGCCUGCGGCUGUGCCGAGCACUUCGAACAAAACUUCUGGCCUGAGGACGGUCAGUGCUACGAGCUGCAAACGCGCGGCCCCUGUCCACCUAACUUUACAUUCCGCUUCGACGCCGACCGGAGACGCACAGAAUGUGUGUGUGACCCGGAGCUGGGGCGGCUCCUGGAGGCCGACUCUGGCCGCUGUGAGCAGGUGGUGUCCGCCGCGCCGCUGCCGUGUCCGGUCGGACACGCGGACACGCGCGGCUGCCGGUGUCCGCCCGGGCUGCAGGCCGACCCGCGGACAGGCCAAUGUGUCUCACCGCUGGAACGGGGAGGCCUGAGGAGCCGCCGCAGACUCACACGGUCACGUGACCACACAGAGACGGCGGACACAACGGAAGGUGACAGUCACGUGACUGGAACGAAAGUGAUAUCACCGCGGUGACAGAGUGAUAAGUGACAGAACGUGAUGACAAAACCGUACAUUUGCCAGCGGUGACGAUUGAAUCAUCAUCAGCUGCGAUAUACCUAAUACGGGCAUGUUGCGUAUAGGGAUAAAAUAGUAUUAAUUAUCCUCAUAGCAAAAUAUGUCAACUGCACAGCUCCAUUCGCCACCAACGCAGCAUCGAUCUAUGUAGUUAGCUUGGAACAUCCAUGUUGUAAAAUAUUUCAUCGAAUGCAGUGCGUAAUUGAUUGUGGCUUAUAAUCACAUCCAAUGGUACCCAUGUGUUUGGGAAAAGCGUAUCUUCCUAUUUGUGAAGUUCUGCCACCGGAUCGGCUGCCGUGAUCAUAAUCACAAAGCUGAUCUAAUGUGAAAGCAAUUAUCAUAAAUAUAUAUAACCAAACGUAUGAGUCUAAAAACCGAAAAA